AUGAAUUAUGCACGAGAAUGGCAUACAGCAUCCGUAUUAACAAAUGGACAAGUAUUAGUUACUGGUGGACUGGGUGAUGGCGGCAUUAUUCGUCUGAAUAGUGCUGAGUUGUAUGAUCCGUCAACUGGCAAUUGGAAAGUUAUUAAUGGAAUGAACUAUGCGCGAAAUAUGCACACAGCAUCGGUAUUAACAAGUGGAAAAGUAUUAGUUAUUGGUGGACUGAGUGAGAGUGGUCCUUCAAAUAGUGCUGAAUUAUAUGAUCCAUCAACUGGAAUUUGGACAACUACAGGUCAUAUGAAGUAUGGACGAUACUGGCAUACAGAAUCCGUAUUAAGAAAUGGAAAAGUAUUAACCAUCGGUGGAAUGAAUAAGAGUGGGCGUCUCAAGAAUACUGAAUUGUAUGAUCCAUCAACAGGAACUUGGAACAUUACUGGUAGCCUCGAAUAUGCGCGAAAUAGUCAUACAGCAUCCUUAUUAACAAAUGGGAAAGUGUUAAUUACUGGUGGAUUGAGUGAUGAUGGUCAUCUCAAUAGUGCUGAGUUGUAUGAUCCAUCAACAGGAAUUUGGACAAUUACCGUUAUUAGUGGGUUCGGCAAGGGUGGUCGUCUAAAUAGUAGUGAGUUAUAUGAUCCAUCAACUGGAACUUGGACAACAACAACUGGUAACAUGAGUUAUUCGCGAGUUCACCAUACAUCAUCCGUAUUAACAAAUGGGAAAGUGUUAGUCUCUGGCGGAGAGGAUGUGUUUGGUCCUUUAGGAACUGCUGAGUUGUAUGAUCCAUCAACAGAAACUUGGAUAACUACUGGUAACAUGAAUUACGUGCGGGAAUGCCAUACCGCAUCCACAUUAAAGGAUGGAAAAGUGUUAAUUACUGGUGGAGAUAAUUAUGAGACUUUGAACAGUGCAGAACUAUAUUAA